AUAUAAGUUGUUGUAUACAUUUCAUAGAAGAAUAUUGGAUUUUAUGAACUGAUUCUUAAUGAAACCAAUAAAAUAAUAUGGCUUUUGAAAAACCUGUUGUUGUUUUAGAUAACGGUAGUUAUAAUAUUAAGGCAGGUUUUGCAUGCGAUAACCACCCUGUGUCUAUAUUUAGAAGUAUCGUUGGCAGACCGAACUAUCUUAGAGGUAGUUACGGCAAUGAAUAUUAUGAUGUAUUCAUCGGUGAUGAUGCCAUGGAAAAAAUUGAGGAUUUAGAGUUGAACCAUCCAGUGGUAAAUGGAAAAAUUGUACAUUGGGAUAACAUGGAGAGAAUCUGGCAUCAUGUAUUUUAUAGAGAACUAAAAGCAGCACCAGAAGAUAGGGCAGUUAUAAUGUCAUGCAGCAAUACGGCGCCAAUGGACGAAAAAAUAAAAUCGUGUGAGAUAUUUUUUGAAACAUUAAAUUGUCCUGCCCUUUGUAUACAAGCACAAGGAACUCUCGCAGUGUAUGGAUCAGGUUUAACUACUGGUUUAUGUAUUGAUAUGGGUUAUGAUACUGUGGAUAUAAUUCCGGUGUUCGAGGGAGGCUUAAUCAAAUAUGCACAUAUUCAAACACAAUUGGCAGGUGCUCAAAUUUCCGACUACAUAAAACAUAGUUUUAAUGAGCGUAGUUUAGGUGGUACUUUAAAAUCACCGAAAGAUCUAGAUACUAUUGUGAAACAAUGUGUGUAUAUAACUAAAGAUAUCGCGAUGUCAAAGGAGAAUUACACAAAGAAUUGUACACUUUCAAACGGAGAGGUUGUUGAUGUUUUCAAUGAAGCAUUUAUGGCGGGUGAACUUUUGUUUCAACCUGGUCUUAUUAUGGGUAAAGAAACAAACUACACAGCUCUUCCAAAAGGCGUGGUUCAAUCAAUAUCAAAGUGUGAUUCGGAACUGCAAACAGCUUUAUAUGAAGCUAUAAUACCCUGUGGGGGAUUGUCGACGUUACCAGGGUUGAACGAACGAUUGGAGUUAGAAAUUGAAGACGAAAUACAUAGACCUGUGAAAGUGAUAUUUUCACCGGAAUCAUAUACCGUAAUAUGGCUUGGCGCAGCUACAUUCGCUGGAUUGCCAGAUGCCAAAAAUGUUUGGGUUACACAGAAACAGUAUGAAGAUUACGGUGUUCGUAUAAUAAAAAACAAAUUUAUGUGAAGAAUCAUUUAU